ACAAAGGGAAGUGUCUGUGCUGGUCCCUGAGGUCACUGCCGGACUGGUCCCAUGCUCAGUCACAGCCUUUAUGAGACAAGUCCCACUGUCCCUGCCCCCAGCAUGAGCACACCACACCCGGCCACUGCUGACCUGGGGAGAGGGCAUGUGGGACAACAAAAGCUCUAGCCAAAUAUUCAUAGCUUCUGGCUCGGUUCCUAUAGCUCAAGCAACUAAACCAGAGGUGGUGGGUUUGAAUCCAGCCUGGGCCUCCCAAACAACAAUGAUACCUACAACCAAAAAAAUAGCCAGACGUUGUGGCGGGCUCCUAUAAUCCCAGCUACUUGGGAGGUUGAGGCAAGAGAAUCCCUUAAGCCCAGGAUUUGGAGGUUGAUGUGAGCUGUGAUGCCACGGAACUCUGCAGAUGCUGGCAGCUUGAGGCUCUGUCUCAAAAAAACACAAAAAAAAUAUUCAUAGCUUCUUUACCAAGCACUGGUUGGUAAAGUUAAGUAUCUGAGUAGAUUCUAAAGUUCCAAAAAUGUAAAUUCUAACCUUUUUUGGCCCCCAGCAUAUUGGCUGGUUUGGUGGAGGUGCUGAUUCUCAGAAGGUCUUACCCACCGUUUUCCUGGAUGCAGUUAGAACACCCAUGUGAGGCCAGGUGCGGUCACUCACACCUGAUCCCAGCACUCUGGGAGGCCAAAGCAAGUGGAUCGCCUGGGUUCAGGACUUGGAGACCAGCCUGAGCAAGAGUGAGAUGCCCUCUCUACUGAAAAUAGAGAAAUUAGCCAGGCAUCCUGUAAUCCCAGCUACUCUGGGAGGCUGAGGCAGGUGGAUCCCUUGAGCUCUGGAGUUUGAGACCAGCCUGAGCAAGAGUGAGACCAUAUGUUUAAAAACUAGCCAGACCGUGGCAGGCGCCUGUAGUCCCAGGUACUCAAGAGGCUGAGGCAAGAGGAUCACUUAAACUCAGAAGUUUGAGGUUGCUGUGAGCUGUGUGCUGUGGCUCAUGCCUGCAAUCCCAGCACUCUGGGAGUCCUACACAGGUGGAUUAUCUGAGCUCAGGAGUUCGAGACCAGCCUGAGGCAAGAGCCAGACCCCAUGCUACAAAAAAGUGGAAAAAUUAGCUGGGCAUGGGUGGCGCCUGUGGCUCAAGGAGUAGGGCACUAGCCCCAUAUACCGGAGGUGGCAGGUAUAUGGCCUGCCAAACCCAGCCCGGCCAAAAACUGAAAAAAAAAAAAAAAAUUAGCUGGGCAUUGUGGCGGGGGCCUGUGGUCUCAGCUACUCAAGAGGCUGAGGCAAAAGAAUCACUUGAGCCCAAGAGUUUGGGGUCGCUGUGAGCUGUGAUGCCACGGCACUCCACCCAGGGUGACAGAGUUAGACUCUGAAAAAAACAACAAAAAAACACACAAUGUGAUGAGCUUUCUCAGGCCGUAGUCAGCUACUGACUGGCACAUUUGCCAAAUGAGAAGGAAGUCUUUUUUUUUUUCCCCACAGUGAAAUUCAUAGACUGUCAUUGUAUAAUUAGAUUAGGAGAAAAAUGAACCUGCUGGUAGCAGGAGGAAGCGAGAGUCUCCUGGGGCCUGGCAUUUCCUGAGGUUGACUUCCAGGCACAGUGCCCUCCUGUUCUCCAUGGUGGAACAUACAGCCAGGAUUUGGGAGCUUGCACGCCUAGAGCACAAAAAUGUUGAAUGAUGGUGAAUGGCCAACGUUGAGUCCUUGGGCAAUGUCUUGUGUAGUUAUCAGAGGAUCAGCUUCAAUGAUGGUUCGCACUGGGUUGUCAACUUCCAGUGGCCACUACGUUCCUCGUCUUCAAGGUUCUCAUUUCCUCUGCAAAAGUUCUUGAACCCCCAGUGCUCAAGCAGUUCCUGGGUCAAAUGUGUUGGUGCUGAAAAUUGUCAGAGCUGAAAGUUGUCAGAAUUGCUUUACGACCCAUUUUGAACUCGAAUAAGAAAAUCGUUCGAAUUUGCUUUUUGUCUAACAUCAUGUCCAUAGUCCAAGAUAAAUUUAAAAUAAACAGCAAGUAGAAAGUCAUUAGCAAACACAUAAAGCGAGAAAUGUACAUUAAAAUGUUGUAUAACACGACCACAUCAUUAAUAUUUUCCAUUGUCAAAUACGGAAUUCCAACAGUGUGAAAGCCGCAGCACUUUUGCACCUAAAUCCGUUGUUUGCAGAGCUGUUGUUGCCACAGUAGCUGGCUGUGCCCCAGACACGUGGGUGCUGGUCUGUUCCCAGAAAUCUUUAUCCCAGGAGGAGGCUCUGCCAUGCACUCUCAACCAGAAUCUCCUGUCCAAGGCUCCUGGUUCAGUUGACAACAUCCUGCUCGAUGCAAUUUUUGUUGUCACAGGUUGAGCUAUGAUGACUGUUUCAGCCCAAGGAACUGGGUAGUGAGCAUUUAAGGGACAAGUAGCCAAUUUAUUUGUAAUAUUAGGAUAAUUCUUUCUACACUUGAUAAGAUGAGGAAAUCUGCAAGCCCCGAUCUGGUGGGUUUUAUCACAGGGGCAUUGGAAUAGCUGUUCAGGUCCAGGGAGUCCGUGUGAGUUUCUUCUGUGCUGAGAAUGAAGGAGCUGAAUCCAAGCCUGUGGCUGAGAUACUGUCCCCACAGCUGCGUCCCCACCACCCCACCCCACCCCCGCCACAUCUGCACCUCAACAACCAGGAAGGCUUUUUUUUUUAAGUACCAAAACACAGUAGAGAAUCUUAAUAGUUAUUUGUUUUUGCUUUUUGUUGUUUUUGACAUCAAGUUAAAAGUUUCAGGAGUUUUCUUUCUUGAAAAAGAAGGAUUAUAAAGAUGGGAGGGAUACUACCACAAGUGGCCAGGGAAAGAAGGAAGCCUAGCUGGUCCCGGAUGCAAGAGACAGUGUGGGAAGGACCCAGUGGUGGUGAAAUCCUCAAGUUUUCAUCAUCUUUUUUUUUUUUUUUACUAGGUUUGCUAUAUAUUCCUUUUCUUAAAAAGUUUUUUUCUUAUACUCUUUUUUUUUUGAGACAGUCUUAUUUUGUCACCCUCAAUAGGGUGUUGUAACUUCAUAGCACACAGCAACCUCGAACUCUUGGACUAAAGCGAUUCUCUUGCCUCAGUCCCCUGAGUAGCUGGGAUUACAGGCACCGGCCACAACACCUGCCUAUUUUUAGAGACAGGGUCUGGCUCUUGCUCAAGCAAUUCACUGCCUAGGCCUCCCAGAGUGCUAGGAUUACAGGCACGAGCUACUGUGCCCAGCCCUUUUUCUUAACCCUUGAGAAAUAUUUUUUAGAUUAUUAAAUUUGUGUUCUCUUUAGUUGCUUUUUUAAUCUUCAAGGUUUUAUUAAUUUAAAAUUUUUCAAUUGUUAUGGGUACAUAAAGUUGUAUAUAUUUAUGGGGUACCUGUGAUGGUUUGAUUCAGGCCUGCAAUGUGAAUUAAUCAAAUCAGGCUAAUUGGGGUAUCCAUCACCGCAGGCCUUUAUCACUUCUUUGUGUUAGAAAUAUUCCAGUUCCACUCUUUUAUUUAUUUUCAAGUAUACCCUCGGUUGUUGACUAUAGUAAGAGUUGUGGGGUUUUUUGUUUGUUUUUUAAAGAGUAAACACUCCUGAAUGAUGGGUGGACAAUCUGGUGCUGAACCUCCUCUGAGAUGCCAGGUCUUCCUCCACGGCCACAUCUGGGCCUUGAUGGAGAAAGGCCACCCGAGGCUGGCUGAGGUCCUGCUCCUGACACCAGAUGGAAGGCAAGGUGUUGCCUGCACCUGACUCUGUCCAUGUGUCGAUUUAAUUGCCUGCAUCCUGGAUAAAAUAUUGUUUCUAAUUAAAUAUGCGAUUAAUUCACACAUCAAUUUUGUAACAAUAAAUUUAUAAUCAAAUUCCUUUGAACUCUACUGAUACACAAAGUAGCGAAUGAUGUGUUAUUAUUGUGUUUUAUUCUCAGCUGAGACGAAGAAGGAAAAAUAACUGGUCAGAUUGAUAGAAAAUGAAAGCCCCUCCUGCGCUGGAGUCUGCAGGGCAGCUGGCCCGGCAGGUCGGUCCUACCAAGAAGGAAAUCGGCGGCCAGGGCGGAACGAAGGCAACCGACGCGCUGGAAACGGUCAAACGUGGCAGACGUGGCGAAGCAAACCGUUCCUGUGAACAAAGUUUGCCCCCAGCUCCCGUCAGCCCCACACGCAGGAGCCGCGCCCGAGCAGGGACCGGGGACGGAGACCCGCCCGCGAAGCGGGGUGUCCCUGACCUGGGCCAGCGGGGCCCGCGAGACCGAGCCCCGCCCACGGCCCUGAGCGGUCGGGCGGCUUUUCAGCUCCGCCCUCAGCCCUCGCGGCCCAACCCCUGGGUCCCUCCCCCCCGCGCACGCGCAGCUCAACACCCGCGUGUCCCUCUCCCCCGCGCACGCGCAGCCCGACCCCAACCCCGCCUCCCUCUCCUCUGCGCCUGCGGCGCUGCUGGCACCUCGGCGUCUGGGGACCAGCAGAGGCGCAGCACGUGGGAGCUGCUCCCGACUCACAAAGAUAUUUGUCUCAAGGGAUCGGCGGAUCCUGUGGAGUCUGCCGCCCUCUCAUGUCCUUCCGCAGCCUCCUCGACCCGCCGUGGGGCACCUGCCGGGCUCGCGCCCCCGGGGGCUCCGGGAUCGGGGACGCGCGCUGCAGCCCCGGCCGUCCGGGGGGCGCGUACCACCGACAGUCACAGUGCUACAGAUUUGUCCCUUUCCCUUCUUUAUUCAUUUAUAGAACAAUUUAUACUCAUAUAGUUUCAUUAUGUGUA